AUAACUUUCUAGCAAUUUUUCCUUCCGGUCCUAUUUUGAGUGGCGGACGGCAAGACUUGUUUAGCUAGUUUGGCGGUGCUUUGUUCGUCCUACGACAAUGGCUGUUCCAGGCCCGAAUAAGGACAACAUCAGAGCUGGGUGCAAAAAAUGUGGAUAUCCGGGCCACUUGACAUUUGAGUGCAGAAACUUUGUGAGAGUUGACCCCCAGAAAGACAUAGUUCUGGAUGUAAGUAGCACCAGCACUGAGGAGAGUGAAGAGGAAGCCCCUCCUGUUCAACGCAAUGAGAAGCUGGGCAGAAGCGGGCCGCGCCGUGGAGACUCUCCAGGCGACGAUCGUAGAAAAGAGAGGCACAAGCAGAAGAAGAGCAAAGACCGAAAAACAAGAAAGAGGUCUUCUUCAGGUUCAAGUGACGAUGACGACGAGGCCACUAAAAAGAAAAAGAAGCGCAGCAGGUCCCUUUCCACAUCGGAUGACGAGGAGCGAAGAAAGAGAAAGAAACUGAAGAGCCACAAGAAGAAAAGUAAGAAGAGUAAACGCGAGCAUGGGAAGCAUCACAAGAAGAGGCAGAAGAAGAAGAAAGAGGAAAGCUCCUCUUCUUCCUCCUCCGUCUCCAGUGAAUCAGACAGUGACUGAGCCGUGUCAUGGUCCAGUUUAUUUUUUCAUUCCAAAGUCUCACAACUCAAAGGGUCAUGGGAACAACAUGUAUUAAGUUGCUAGGUGGUGGGCUCGAAGCAUUAGAGAAGUAUUCUUAAGAAAUAGCUUUCUAAUAUUUUACUCACUUGUGGAAAUUAUGAAGGCCAUCGAGGAAAAGUGUGUAAAAAAGCAUAAAACUGUACUGAAAAGGUCAUUCUUGUGCUUCUCUGGACAAUCGCGAGCCAUGCCAUGCGUAAUAUUCUUCAACUGUUACUUUUUGAAGAGUUCUACGCAAUUACCACAUAGGUUAUUUGAUGGCGGGAAAUAACAAAUUAUAUCACAAGUAACUUUUUGUUGUACCUGUUCUCAAUAGGCAAUAAAAAAAUGUUUUUUA